AUGGCGGAGCUUGGGUUUGAUAUGCUUCUGCAGAUACUCAUCAGACUGAAUCUGGAAGAUUUAAUCCAAUGCAAGCGGGUUUGUAAGUCUUGGUAUUCUUUUGUUUCGGAUCCUUGUUUCGUCGAAUCUCAUUUAAAUCGUUCUUAUGCUAAUGAUCUUAACACUUAUGGGCAAAGAAAAAGGAUCAUCAUGCCUGAAAGUGGUUCUUGUCGUAUUGUUGGUUCUGCUAAUGGCCUAGUAUGCGUCUCUCUUAAUGAUUAUGAUCGACUUUUAGUAACCAAUCCUUGGACUAGAGAGGUGAAAUUACUCCCACCGCCUCUCUACUUUACUAGAAGUAGUACAUCAUGUUGGGGUUUUGGUUAUGAUUCGUCCAUAGAUGAUUACAAGGUUAUAGUUGGGUGCACGAGAAACGAAAAGGACCACACACGAUUUUAUGUGUUCUCGCUGAAAUCGAAUGUUUGGAGGCUUAUCGAUCGAGUUAUGUAUAUGCUAUACCUUGGUAGUGGUAAAUCCGGAAUCUUGUGUGAUGGGGGGCUUCACUGGCUUAUGAGGAGUAGUUAUCGUGAAAACGAAAAAAUAGUAAUUCUUUCGUUAGAUUUAUCUAGCGAGGAAUUCAAAGAAAUCCCUCUACCAGAUCAUCAUCAUGACUCGUUUUCUAUGGAGGAAACGUAUAGACUUGGGUGUAGUAUCCGGGGAUGUCUAUGCAUCUAUAAUCACAAAUCUGCUAUAAGUGAAAGUGAUGAUAAAUCUGCAGGGAGACGGAAAUAUCAGUACCAAUUUCCCAUUUCACGGACCUUAUGCAGCUCCUCUAACACUACAUGGGUAAUGAGAAACUGCAAUGCAAAACAGUCAUGGGAAUUGUAUCAACUUUUUGAUCAUGAGAUAAACCCUGAUGCUGUACACUACUUGAAAACACCGCCACGGGGUGGCGUUCGAGAAGGUACUGUUGAUCACCUUAGAUGUUUAGACACUGAUUGGGUGUAUGCUAGUGCUCCUAUAUUUGUCCAGAGCCUUGUGUCUCCCUAUAUUGGUGGCCGGCAGAGACUAUCUUCCCUUGCUAAUAUUGGGAUAGGUGAGACAACUGAUCGUGCUAUUGCAAAUUCUAGUUUGGAUGAUGUUUCUUCAGGCUCCUUUCCAUUUUCACAUGGUAUACUGGAGAGUAAGCGAAAGUGGUAG